CGGAACAGUGACAUCAUGCAGAAGUGUGAAACUAAACUGUGCCUGUCAGUCUACAUUAUCACCUUCGUGACUGGUUUACCUACCAACAUCCUGGCCUUUCACACUUUCAUUCAAAAGGUCAGGAAAAAACCCACGCCGAUCGACAUCCUCCUCCUCAACCUCACCUUCUCCGACCUGCUCUUCCUCGUCUUUCUCCCCUUUAAGAUGCAGGAGGUCGCCAACGACAUGAUGUGGACAAUGCCUUACGAACUGUGUCCGCUGUCCGGUUUCGUCUUCUACAUGACCAUCUACAACAGCACUUUUUUCUUGACGGCAGUUAGCGUGGAACGCUAUCUGGGAGUAGCUUUCCCCCUCCAGCACUCUAUGAAACGACGGCCCGUGUACGCCGUGAUGGCGAGCAUCUUCAUUUGGCUGUUGUCUUUCCUUCACCUGAGCAUCGUCUGUAUCAUGCCCUAUUACAACCCUCCAGAGUACAACAGCACAGCGCCUCCCAUACUGAGGAACGUCUGUUACGAGUCCUUCAGCCCGGCUCAGUUGGAAAUCCUCCUCCCGGUACGUCUGGAGCUCUGCAUAGUCCUCUUCUGCAUCCCCCUCCUGAUCUGCAGCUUCUGUUACAUCAAUUUCAUUCGCAUCCUGUCCCGCCUGCCCAACAUCGGACGCCGGAGGCGCCUGCGAGCCAUCGGCCUGGCUCUGGGAACGCUCUUGGUCUUCGCUCUUUGUUUUGGGCCCUACAACGCUUCUCAUGUCGUGGGCUUUAUCAAUAAAGAUAGCCCUGACUGGAGGGACAAAGCCUUAUUAUUGAGCACUUUCAACGCUUGCCUGGACCCCCUCAUCUUUUACCUGUCUUCGGCCGCGGUCAGGAGCGCGCUGGGUACGGUUGUACGAGGCAUCUGGAGCAAGCUACACCUCAGCGACUUUCGCCGGUUCUGCCGGCAUCUGAGGGCCGAACCUCACAAAACUAAAAAUGAAGCUUUUCCAACAGCAGGAGAAAACAACACCCUUUGA